CAGAAUGGAGAUCUCCUCUCACCAGUCUCACCUCCUGCAACAACUGAACGAGCAGCGCAGGCAAGAUGUGUUCUGCGACUGCAGCAUUCUCGUGGAAGGGAAGGUCUUCAAAGCCCACCGAAACGUCUUGUUUGCCAGCAGCGGCUACUUUAAAAUGCUGCUCUCUCAGAACUCGAAGGAGACCAGCCAGCCAACCACAGCCACGUUCCAGGCUUUCUCCCCCGAUACCUUCACAGUCAUCCUGGACUUCGUCUACUCUGGCAAGCUCUCCCUGACCGGACAGAAUGUUAUAGAGGUGAUGUCCGCCGCGAGCUUCCUUCAGAUGACUGACGUCAUUAGCGUGUGUAAGACUUUCAUUAAGUCCUCCUUGGACAUAAGCGAGAAAGAAAAAGAUCGCUACUUCAGCCUCUCGGAUAAGGACACCAGCUCGAACGGCGUGGAGUGUACCUCCUUUUAUAGCAGCAGCUGGCAGGAAGAAAGCGGGUCUCCCCGUUCUCACCUGAGCCCAGACCAAGGACCAAGUAUAGUAAGUGGGAAGCCGUGGAGCAAGUACGGUUACCACGCUGCCCCCCAAAGGAGUACUCAGCAGCCGUUGGCCAAGCUCGAGCAAAGGAAGGACGCCGCCAUUAAAAAGAGCAAGCACGUGAGGUUGCCGCAGCCACCUCAGGUCCUUCAUUUUAAGUCCGGCAAAGGAGAGGCACGGACAGCCGAUUCCGCCAACCAUGUGUCCCAGUCUGAAGAGCAAGUACAAGUUGAUGCAGAAGUGGACUCUGCUCCUGCUGCCUACCAGUAUGGCCAAGGGUCUGAUGUCACAUCCAGGGGCUUUCCAGAUGAUCUGCCCAGGCUGCGAUUCAAGUGCCCAUACUGCACACAUGUGGUGAAGCGAAAAGCAGACCUCAAGCGCCACCUGCGCUGCCAUACAGGAGAAAGGCCCUACCCGUGCCAAGCUUGCGGGAAGCGGUUCAGCAGGCUGGACCAUCUGAGCAGCCAUUUCCGAACGAUCCAUCAGGCGUGCAAACUAAUCUGCAGGAAAUGCAAACGCCACGUGACUGACCUCACGGGGCAAGUGGUGCAGGAAGGAACCCGGCGCUACAGACUGUGUAACGAGUGCCUUGCGGAAGUGGGCAUCGACAGCCUGCCUGUGGACCUGGAAGCUGAGCGCCAUCGCAUGUCCCCCACAGACGGAGAAAAGGAUGCCCGGUGGCGCCUGAGCGAAGAAGAGAAUAGGUCCUAUGUGGAGAUUGUCGAAGAUGGGUCUGCCGAUCUGGUCAUACAACAAGUUGAUAGCGAGGAAGAGGAAGAAAAAGAAAUAAAACCCAAUAUUAGGUAGCCUGACGUGUGUGACCUGUCCGAGCUGGCAUGCCUGCAGUUUACACGGACAUCUCUGCGUGGGCAGAGCCUGGUUCAUGGGUUUCUCCUGCUGACGUAGACGCGGCCUGACGUAACGUGCAUGCUUUCUGAAGAGGCCACUGCGUCCGUCCGUUCUGCACUUGGUUGCUGCACUGGGAACACCUUGCUUGCGUUGCCAUGAAGGAUGAUCACUUACCCUUUCUGUUAUUACAGGGAUACCAUUUUCUUUAAAUAUGGGAAAAAUCUAUUUAGCAAACUUUUUUGAGUAAAAUAUUUUAAAUAAAUCUAUCACAAAACUUUAAGACAAUCUUUUGUGUGUUUGG